UCUGCAAAAAUAGCUGAGAAAAAGAAAAAAAAAAUGGCUGCCUGUUUACGACCACUGUUCUUAGCAUUAAUAUCCCUGCUGAUGAUAUCUUCAUUGACCAGGUCCUCAGAAGGCGCUGGAAUCGCAGUCUACUGGGGCCAAAAUGGCAAUGAAGGAAGCCUGGAAGAGGCCUGCCGUAGUGGCAACUAUGACUAUGUAAAUAUUGCCUUUCUGGUAUCCUUUGGCAGUGGCCAAACACCGGAACUGAACUUAGCUGGCCACUGUAUCCCGAGCCCAUGCACCUUCCUGAGUUCUCAGAUAGAGGUUUGCCAGAGCCUGGGCAUCAAAGUGCUCCUUUCUCUUGGUGGAGGUGGUGCCGGGGCAGGGAGAGGGCCAAUCCUGGCUUCUCCCGAGGAUGCUCGCGAUGUUGCAGCCUACCUCUGGAACAAUUACUUGGGCGGUCAAUCAGACUCUCGCCCACUUGGUGCUGCUGUUUUAGAUGGUAUAGACUUUGACAUCGAAUAUGGGUCGAACCUGUACUGGGAUGAUCUCGCCCGGGCACUCUCGGGAUACAGCACAGCAGAGAGAAAGGUGUACUUAUCCGCAGCACCACAAUGCUUCUUUCCUGACUAUUAUCUUGAUGCUGCUAUCAGAACUGGCCUCUUUGAUUUCGUCUGGGUGCAGUUUUACAACAAUCCGCCUUGUCAGUAUAGUACAACAACAGGCAACGCCGAUAACCUCUUGAACAGUUGGAGUAAUCAAUGGUCUCCCUAUCCAGGCGUUAAUAAAUUAUUCCUGGGAUUACCUGCAGCCCAAGCGGCCGCACCUAGUGGCGGUUACAUCCCACCUGAAGUGCUAAUUAGUCAGAUUCUUCCCGUUGUGCAGAGCUAUCCCAACUAUGGAGGGGUCAUGCUUUGGAGCACAUUCUAUGACCAAAACUACAGUCGAGCAAUCAGGCCUUAUGUUAACGGCGAUCCUCUGACUUAUACAACCAAGUCCGUGAAAAAAUCCCAUGCUGUCGCAUGAGUUCCUCUCAUUAUCUACUGAGAGAUGAAAUGUAGUCCUGGCUGCUUACGC